AUGAAUGUUUCAAAAUUGCGUACGACCAUUAUAUCACAGAUCUCUUUAAAACAUCUCCCCGUUUCUCCUAUACAAACUUUGUAUAAACGUUCUUACUCAGCUGUCAAAUCAUUAGCAUUCGUACGACCUGAAUUAUUCACCCAGCAAAUAGUAUUGACAAAUGGGGCAACGUAUACUUUACGUACGACCUCACCAAAACCUCAAAUUAAAUUGAUAAGGGACACGAGGAAUCAUCCAUUAUGGAACCCAUCAAAGUAUUCGCAAGAGUUGGAUGACGAGAGCGGUCAAUUAAGUAAAUUUAUUAAAAGGUUCGGUGACGAAGAAUAUGAUCUGGAAUUCAUGGAAAGUGAUGAACAAUUACCUGAACUCACCAGUAAAGAUUUGAAAAUGCUUGGUAAAGGAAAGAAAAAGAAAUGA